ACAGGAUGAGGCUUAAAAAAAAGAGAAGCGUAAAGAUUAUGACAAAAGGGGAAUAGGGAAAAACAGAAAUUCUGCAGUAAUAAAGAGAAGUGUAGAAAUGUAUCUGAUUUUGUUUUUUUGCUUUCACAGAGCAGCAAUGCGUUUGGUCAAAGUGGCGGGGGUGCGGGUCCCCAGGGCAGCUGAGGAGGAGAAGGAACCCCCACCACCUCCUGCACCGCCCUCGCAUCACAACAACCACCAGUUUGUCCACAUGAAGAAUAAGUUCUUCAAUGAGCUCACGCAUCUGCCAAAUCAUAAGCUUAACCUGCCUAUGUGGGCCGUGGGCGCCAUCGUGGUCGUGGUCCUGGUUCUCGUGGCCUGCAUGAUUUUCUGCAUCUACAAGAAGUGCAUCAAUAAGGGCACGAAGCCCAAGAAAGCCCGUGAGAGGAAGGCGGGGCGAGGACGCAGGAGGAAGGAGAAGGAGGGAGGAGAGGAGGCAGAGGAAACGAAGGAAGGAGAGAAAGAGAAGGAGGAGGAGAAAGAGUACUUUGGAAAACUGGAGUACACACUUGACUAUAAUUUUACUGAUAACCAGCUCAUAGUUGGCAUCCUCCAAGCUCAGGACCUUGCAGCUAUGGAUAUCGGCGGCACGUCAGACCCCUAUGUCAAAGUCUACAUGCUGCCAGACAAGAAGAAGAAGUUUGAGACAAAAGUACAGCGUAAGAAUCUCUGUCCGGUCUUCAACGAGACCUUCAUCUUUAAGAUUCCGUACACUGAGUUAGGUGGUCAGACUCUGGUGCUACAGGUUUUUGACUUUGACCGUUUUGGCAAACAUGACGUCAUCGGUGAAAUCAAGAUCCCCAUGAACACCAUAGACCUCGCACAGCCGAUUCACGAAUGGAGAGAUCUAGUUGGAGGAGAGAAAGAGGAGCAAGAGAAACUGGGUGACAUCUGUAUUUCCCUGCGUUAUGUUCCCACGGCGGGUAAACUAACAGUUAACAUCAUGGAGGCCAAGAACCUGAAGAAGAUGGAUGUUGGAGGACUGUCAGAUCCGUUUGUUAAGGUGGUGCUGCAGCACAACGGAAAGCGACUGAAGAAAAAGAAGACGUCAGUCAAACAAAACACUCUCAACCCUUACUUCAACGAGAGCUUCAGCUUUGAGAUUCCCUUCUCUCAAAUCCAGAAAGUGCAGGUGCUGAUCACCGUCUACGACUACGACAAACUGGGCAGCAACGACCCCAUCGGCAAGUGCUGGAUCGGUUAUGGCGCCUCGGGAGUCGGCCUGCGCCACUGGUCCGACAUGCUGGCUAAUCCGAGGCGCCCGGUGGCUCAGUGGCACACGUUGCAGCCGGAGGAGGAAGUCGACGCUGCUCUGAAGGCCCCCAUCCGCUAAACGCGUCUUCAUGUGUGCGUUGUACACGUGCACACACGAGGAGUUUCUUGUAAAACUAAAAACUGCAGGUUUUUUGGCUACUUCUAAUACAAACCGUGGAUGUUUAUGCUCACCUCUUACAAACGUACCCACAGUGCAGCAGUUUUUAUUCAUGCACCUGCUCGUACUGAUGCUUUUACACAUCGACAUUCCAGUUCAUGAUGUUCACAUCACAACUGAAUGGCCGUAAUAUUCGGACGUGAGUUGAACUUCCUUUUUUUGUAAUCUCUGUCGCGAUAAUCUGAACUGAGCAGAGGUCAGCACCCACACUUCUGGACAACACCUG